AAUCGCCAGCGAGUAGCAAACCCGAAUAGCCACGAACGGCAUACGAACGUCACACGAACGCGUUUAAGACCGUCCGUCUCUCGCUCUCGCAAGCUUUUGCCUGCUCUCGGCGAUCGCUCGACUCGCUCGAAGAGACAUGUUCCUGUUCUAACGGUCUCGGGGUCUCUAACGCAAAACAGCCACAAAAUAUUGUUGGUCAGCGUCAAGUGCAGACGUGUUCGGCGCGACAACAGAAAAGAGAACAUCGGCGCAGCAACGCAGCGGCAGCGGCGACGAUUACGAUUACGAUUCCGAUUCCGACUGAAGAACGCGACAAAGUGAAUCAAGUUCUUGAUGAGAAACACUUGCCGCUUGUCGAUUCGCGGGUUUGGACGCGCGACUCCCACAAAACAAUCGUAACAGUAAUACACACACCCCCUUCCCUAACCAACAAGUGUCUGAAAAAUCGAAAGCAUUUUCAUCAACCGUUAACACAAUCCAACAAGCCAACUUUUUGGAUUACCAACUUUUGCCUUCAAGGAGGAAUAUCAAACUGAAAUUUGUGGAUUUUUCUGUUCAAUUUUAUGAUUCAGCCACAACCAAUAUGGUCUACUAUCCCGCUAACCAGCUGCUCAUAAAAACGGAGCAACCCGCCCAAACGCAAUUCUGCCUGCAGGUGCCGCCCCCAUUGACGGCGACGCCCAGUGCGGGUGGCAUUGGUGGUGCGCCACUGGGCGGACAGCAGGAGCACUAUGAGCUGCUGCAGACGCCGCAGCAGCGACAAAUGCAACUGCAGCAGCAGGCGACGCAGGAACAGCAGCAAUUUGUUAGCUACAGCUAUCAGCUGGCGUUACAGCAGCAGCAGCAUGAAAGUAUUACAACAACAACAACACCCACUGCAGCAGCAGCAGCAGCAGCACCCGCAGCAACAGCAGCAACAGCAGCAGCAGCAGCGCAGCGCAUCAAGACAGAGCCACCGCCAACUGUUAGCUACAGCAGCGCUGCUGGCACUGCUGUCACUGCGCAGCCGCGCAAGCAGAACGGCACGAAACCGCAAUUCAAGUGCGAACAGUGCGGCAUGACAUUCGGCAGCAAAUCGGCGCACACAUCGCACACGAAGUCGCAUGCGAAGAAUGCCGAAAUGGCGCUGCAUGGCGCGGGGGGAGCACCCGGCGCGACAGCGUCACCCAUCGAACUGAACGAAGCGGGUCUGCCGGUGGGCAUACCGAAGAGUCCGACCAUCAAGCCGCUGGCGAAUGUGGCCGCCGGCGCGGAUCCGUAUCAGUGCAAUGUGUGCCAGAAGACAUUCGCAGUGCCCGCGCGACUGAUCCGUCACUAUCGCACCCAUACGGGCGAACGUCCCUUCGAGUGUGAGUUCUGCCACAAGCUGUUCAGCGUCAAGGAGAACCUGCAGGUGCAUCGUCGCAUCCACACCAAGGAGCGGCCGUACAAGUGCGAUGUGUGCGGCAGGGCCUUUGAGCAUUCGGGCAAGCUGCAUCGCCACAUGCGCAUCCAUACGGGCGAACGGCCGCACAAGUGCUCCGUCUGCGAGAAGACGUUCAUCCAGUCCGGCCAACUGGUCAUCCACAUGCGCACGCACACCGGCGAGAAGCCGUACAAGUGCCCGGAGCCGGGCUGCGGCAAGGGAUUCACCUGCUCCAAGCAGCUCAAGGUGCACUCGCGCACGCACACGGGCGAGAAGCCGUAUCACUGUGACAUCUGCUUCCGGGACUUUGGCUACAAUCACGUGCUGAAGCUGCAUCGCGUGCAGCACUACGGAUCCAAGUGCUACAAGUGCACCAUCUGCGACGAGACGUUCAAGAACAAGAAGGAAAUGGAGGCCCACAUCAAGGGGCAUGCCAAUGAGUUACCCGACGAUGAGGCCGAGGCAGCAGGUGUUGCCGCCACCUCCUCCGCGUCGUCGUCCUCCUCGCAGGGCAUCACCAGCAAUUCGGAGAGCAGCAAUAACUCUCCACCAAGCUCUCCGCCAGCAGUGAAGAAGCCACGGCAACCGCGACAGCCGCGUGGAGUCAAGGCGGCCGCCACUGGUGCCGCCCCACUCUCGCCCAGCUCUCCCAGCUCCACGUAUUCGCCAUCCGCCAGCAGUGUGGCCUCACCGCCGCCAUCCACAGUGCAGUAUCUGCCCGCCGCGCCGCUGGACACGGAUGCACUGAGUCGGGACAGUGGCGUCUCCAGUGCCCAGCCCGCCCACAGCAGCUAUGCGGACGAGGAGCUGCCCACGGAUCUGAGCAUGCAGCAGAGUCAGCCGCCAGUGCCGAUGGUCUACCAGCCCUACCCGGCCACGCCCAGUUUAGUUGAACUACAGCCACAGGCGCAGGCCCAGCCCCAGCCCCAGCCCCUGACCAUUAAUCCCGCGCUGCUCGAGGCGGCCAGUAUUGCACGCCAGGAUGAGGAUGACGUUCAUGUGAACGAUGAGGAUGUCCAUGCCGCUGCCUGGCAAAUGAUGCAGCUGCGUCGUGGACACGCUGCUUCACCGCCGCCACCCGAGGCCACAGUGCCGCAGCAGGCAUCGCCACAGCCCACGCUGCAUGUCAGCGAUCUGGCGGCCAACUAUGACGAUACCCACGAGGCCACCGUGCUCAUUGAGCACUUUAAGCGUGGAGAUCUGGCACGCCAUGGCCUGCACAAGGGCUACGCGCCUGUGCCCAAGUAUGAAUCUGCCCUUCCAAAUCCAGACAUUGUGCGCCGCGUGGAGGCAGCCAUUGGUCUGCGCUCCAGCACCGAGUCGCCCGAGCGCAGCUCCUCGCCCGAAAGUGAUUCCCUGAUGAUGGCCGAUCGUAAUGUGAUGACGCUGCCGCUGAGGAAACGCAAACACUACAUGAACAAGGGCGAUGCGUCAUGCCAGGCGGAGAGUGGCCCAGCGACGCUGGGGCCAGCAGCAGCAGAUGGUGGCGUCACAGCGGCCACAUCAACCUCAACGGAUGCCAGCAGCAACAACAACAACAACAACAACAACUCCAAGGUGAUGAGGAUGAGCUCUGUCAUACAGUUUGCCAAGGCCUCGUAGUGGGCCACGGCCACGGCCACUCCCCCCCCCAAAAAAUCAGCAUAAAGACUGUCCAGCAAAUUCUAACUGAAAUUAGUUUUAAUUUUUACCCCACGAGGUUUGGAAUGGAAUUGUUUUCUAGCAGCGAAAAAAGAAAAUGCCAAAAGUAUUAUAAAAAAAAAAACACACACACACAAAAAAUUAAUAAUGAUGAAAAAUUUGUUUUAAAAUUUGUUUUAAAAUUAACACCGUUCUACGUUAUGGUAACGAAUUUUGUUGAAUGUUUGUUUGUUUUUUUUUUUUGUGUAAAGAAAGAGAAUUUUAAUGAAUUAAUUUUUGGCAGAUAUGUAGCAGGGAUGUAUUGUGUAUAUCGUUUAUGUUUUUCACCACACCCCCACACACACACCCCCCCUGUGUUUUCACUUAGUCAAAUUGCAACAAAUUGGCAUUAUCGGUAUUAAGAGUUAGCAUCACUAAUUUUAAGAACGCUAAAACGAGAAUCCAAACAUUAAAAAUACAAAAACCAUAACAUACAAAUAAAAAUAAACACCUAAACAAUAAUAAGCUACGUGCAUGAUUAUCUAUACAAAGAAACAAACAAGUAAAUAUACAUAUAUGUACACAUAAUGAUAAUGAGCGAUAUGUAUGCAACAUAAGGGCCAUAUUGGCACAUAACAUACAUACAAUACAAUACAAUACAAUACAAUACAUAAAUACAUAUAACUAUAAUUCUAAAGACCUAUUUAUUACUGAGAAAUAAAAUAUAUACAUACGAAAAACCUCUGCUCGCCAAAAAAAACGAUGCAACACCGGGAAAGAAGAGGUAGAAGGGAACCAUUUCAAUUGAGUUUGACAUUUUGACAUUUAAUAUAAAGUGAUUUCAAGAUUAUAUUUGAAGUCUAACAAUACCUUUGCAUUGGAAGCUACAAAUCAUUCAGACAAUUUUCUUCUUAAUUUUUUUCUCGGUGUUGCACACCCCACCCAUCAUCCAUCCUCCUGAUCAUCAAUCAAUUCAUUCGCCUCCAUUUAAACACAAUUUGAUAUGCAUUUUAUAUUUUAUAUACAACAUACAUACAUAAUAAUAAUAAUAAUAAUAAUAAUAAUAAAUAUUUAACGAAAGUCAUUGAAUAACAAACUAAAUGCUAAAACGAAAAAUAAAAUUCAAAAAAUAUACAAUACGGAGAAUAUUGAACUGAUAAGCAAGGAGCAAGCAAGAAUAAUUAAGUUAAUAAAAGAAAAGAAAACCUAACAUAACAUUUACCAACAACAACAACAACAACAGCAACAGCAACAAAAUCAAGAAGGAUUUACAUUUGCAACAAUAUAAUUCUAAGUGCGUAAGAUACAUAAUUUUUUGUAAACGCUAAGUUAAUAA